AUGGGUGGUGCAGUUGCUGCUGCUCGUAUCCUGCGAUACUCGGUUACUCGAUACAACGACAAUGAUCCGAUCCCUCUCCUCGUGAACAAGAUCUUCUCCGACAAUACCCAGCUGCAAUAUGCCUAUUACGACCUCCCGUUCGUUUGCCCGCCGAGUGGCAAGUCACAUGGUGGAUCGCCCUUUGGUUCUGGCCAGAGUAUCUCGCUCAACCUAGGGGAAGUACUGCGUGGUGACCGCAUCAUGACCUCUGACUUUGAGCUUUCAAUGGGCAAAGAUAUCGAAUGUGAAGCGCUUUGCACCAUCGGCGUGACCCGAUCAGAUGUGAAAUGGGCUCGUCAGCUCGUCAAGGAGGGUUAUGUGAUUGAGUGGAUUGCGGAUAACUUGCCAGGAGCAACCAGCUUUGUGACAGUCGAUCGCAGUCGCAAGUAUUAUGCGUCUGGAUUUAAGCUUGGUUACCGUGACAUCUCUCCGGCCACUGGCCAGUCCCGAUACUUUAUCAACAACCACUUCACGAUUGUCAUCCGCUGGCGGAGCGCACCCGAAGGCGGAAAGGUGAUUGUUGGAUUCGAGGUGUACCCGAAGAGUAUCACUGCCAAGGAUCGUAAGGAAGGCGGUUGCCCCAAGGCUGUUCACAAGGACAAUGAAGGACAGCCGCUGUACAUUGCGCCGAACUUGUCGCGCAUGCAAGAGAAGUACUCAGGACUGUCAUAUAUCCCCGAGGAUGAUGACGAUGAUGACGGUGCCAAACUUCAGAUUCCCUACACCUACUCAGUCUACUUCCGAGAGGAGAACAAGGUUGAAUGGAACAGCCGCUGGGAUUUGUACUUCACCAACCAGGGAGAAAGUUCCAUGACCCAUUGGUUGGCAAUUAUCAACUCCUUAACAAUAUGUGCAGUUCUGGGAGUGACUGUAUUCGUUAUCUGGAGCCGUACUAUACAAGGCGACAUCAAGGGCCGCGGAGACGGUGCAAUGAACGAUCAAAAGGCCAAGGUCCGCUCUCGCCGCAGGAGUGGAAAACCCGAGAAAAAGCGAGAAAAUCUCUUGGACGGCGAAGCAGAUGUGGAGCAUGAUGCGGACUUCUCUUCGGAAGAUGAGGGUCUGGAAGACACCAGUGGUUGGAAGCUUCUUCACGGUGACGUUUUCCGUAUCCCCGCGUACAGUGGCCUUCUUGCUCCGUUGGUCGGAUCAGGUAUGCAGCUGUUGUUUAUGGCUUCAGGUCUGUUACUCCUCAGCUGCUUGGGUAUAUUGAAUCCGAGCUUCCGCGGUGGCUUCGUCAGUGUUGGUAUGGGUCUGUUUGUGUUUGCUGGUCUUUUCUCGGGGUAUUUCAGCGGCCGACUAUACAAGACGUUUGGCGGCCAAGCUUGGCGGAAGAACACUUUGAUCACUGCUUUGCUUUUCCCUGGGUUGGCCUUUUCCCUGAUCUUGAUUUUAAACCUGUUUGUUUGGGCUCAAGCAUCCAGCACUGCAAUUCCAUUCAGCACUUUGAUUGGUCUUCUAGCACUUUGGCUGCUCAUUCAAGUUCCCUUGGUUUAUCUUGGAAGCUGGGCUGGAUAUGUGCGUGCCACCCCUUGGGAGCAUCCUCUGAAGACCAAUGCAAUUCCCCGUCAAAUUCCAAUCCAGCCUUGGUAUUUGCGCAGCCCAAUUGGUCCCCUGUUGACUGGUCUCGUUCCAUUUGCCGUUCUGUUUAUCGAGUUGCUGUUCGUGUUUAAGAAUUUGUGGCAGGAUAAGACUGGAUACUAUUAUGUCUUUGGGUUCUUGAGUGCUGUGUCGACCGUUCUAAUGGUCACGGUUGUCGAAGUCACUGUCAUCGCAACAUACAGCCAGCUUUGCUCCGAGAACUACCAUUGGUGGUGGCAAAGCUUCCUCACUGGCGGUAGUAGCGCGUUUUGGAUAUUCGCCUACUGUGUCUGGUAUUACCUGUUCAAGCUCCACGUCACCGGAUUUGUUUCCAGCUUGCUCUUCUUUAGCUAUAGCUUCCUUGCAUGUGCCGUUUACGGUCUCUUGACAGGUACUGUUGGAUUCUUGGCCGCUUAUGCGUUUGUUCGACGUGUUUAUAGUGCGAUCAAGGUCGACUGA